AUGGCUGAACCACACAGGCCAGAGAGACCCCCAAACCCCGAUCGCCUGUGGAUCUGGGAGAAGAACGUGUACUUGGAUGAGUUUCGUCGAAGCUGGCUGCCCAUAGUCACCAAGAGUGAUGACAAAGUCCAGGUGAUCUUUCGCCAGGAAGAUGUCCCCUUGGGGCGUGGUAUGACCCCCUCACAGCUGAAGCCAUAUGAGCUGCCUUUAAUGUGGCAACUAUACCCAGGGGAGCGGUACCGAAGCAGUGACUCCAGGUUCUGGAAAAUAGUGUACCAUGUCAAGUCCAAAGGUGUGGAGGACAUGUUACUUGAAAAGAUGGACUCCGACGACGAUGAAUAA